UUUGCAGGAUUGUUCAAACGAGCUAUACUGCUGUCGGGCAGCGCCCUUUCAUCCUGGGCUGUGAUAGAAGAUCCUGUAUCCUACGCCCUGAAACUGGCCAAGGCUAUCAACUGUUCCAUUCCCGAUGAUCUUCUCAAAGACAAUGAGCUUAUAGUAGAUUGUCUGAGGGAGAGCAGUCUGGAAGAACUGAUGCAAGUCGACAUUCAGCCUCCGACGUUUCUUAGCGCGUUUGGUCCAAGCGUCGAUGGUGUCGUCAUCAAGCCGGACUUUCAGAAGGAUCUCCUGUCUUAUCUAGGCCCGGAGUUUCAAGGAUUCGGGUGA